ACUUUCAAACGGCACGGUUCUCGUACACAUUGGUACUGCACGGCGUAUAAGUAACGUGUGAAUCAGUUCAUGUGUGUCAACUAUGCUAAACAAAUGUGUCAAAAGUGAGAAGUGCAGGACCAAACAAAAAUAAAUUAAUAAGAAAUUAUUUGUGCAGGAGAAAAACUGAAGUUUUGAAACUAAGUGAUGAGUAAAGUUUUUGGCAUUACUCGCCUUUGCAUGUGGCAUUGAAGCUCAGUUGCUUGAUAGCGCUACACUUUUACCGUUGCGCAACUUAAAUUUACGUAUUCAAGCGCGCAUAAGAGCUAAGACGUUACUAAAACAAACACAAACACACAAACGCACAUACACGAAGAUGCGGUUCGGUCCGCGAAACUGCUCUGCUGGAAAUAACAAAUGUCCAAGUGUGUUUAUGUAGUGCAUGUUGAAUUCAUAUUUGCUUUGCACAUACACCAGCACGUGUGUGUGCCAGUGUAUAAAUCAGAGUAGACGCUUUCAAGUACAAAGCGUUAAGUACAAAGCGCGUUGCAAAAGUGUGCCCACAUGUGUGUGUGUUCCUGUGCCAAGUGUAAAGUGUAGACAAAGCAGAUUAAUGUAAACGUUGCUGCUAAGGCAUUGUAGGCGUGCCGUGUGGAGUGAGUGCGCAUGAAAACAGUAAGUGGCAUUGCAUAAAUCAUGAACCAAUGCGUGUACUAUUAAAUAUUUCAAACUGAAUGCAGAUUUAACUUGUACAAGUGUGUACAUGUGCUAAAUGGGCCGACACGCAGGGCGCCAGCCGACGGUGUGAAGUGGUCGAAGUUGCAAAAUCGAGGAACGGAAAACAAUGUCACCAGUAGCACCACAAAUACCGGUAGCAAAUGCAUUCUUUAAACUAAAAGCAAAAAGAACAACGUUACGAGCAGCUGAUGCAACAACGGAAGCCCUAAUAUUGGGUAACGCAGAGCAUAACGAAAACUUAACCGAAUUUAAUAGAAGUUAAAGGGUAAAAGAACAGUGAGUCCAGCAGAGUGGUGCACAGAGCACGGGGUGUGCAGCGUUUUGAGUGCGCCUACCACAUCUGAGCGGAGGAAAUAGACGAACAACAGGAAGUGUGAGAAAAACAGGAAGUGCUGAAAUAGCAAAAGCCAAGCGAAAUAAAAAUAAACACACACACAGCCGAAAAUUCAGCGGAAAUGUUUACAAAAAUGCAAAAAUUCUACAUUUUAGCAUUUUCAAUUGCAACAGUGUUGGUGUUUGCUGAUGCAGAUGGCUUUGCCGAGUCAGGUUUACGGCCAGCGACAACGACAGCGGAAGCGCCGAUAGUGGGUGCGACGGUGACAGUGGGCGAACAGGCGUUGGAAGGGAUGCCGGUGAAUAUAAAUGCAAAGGCGAUGCGUCAACAAAAACUGGCGACGACCCACACCCACACGGGAACAACAACCGCCACAGCAAUGGCAGGGGCAAUCGCAGCAACAACAACAACAACCGUGACAUUGGGAUCCUCAAAUGCGCCUGCAACACUAACGUCGACAAACGAUGCGGACGAGCAGGUUUUGAAUACAGCAACAGUAACAACAGCGCCAGCAGCAGCACAGCCAGCUGAAUGGGUGAGUGAUGAGCAGGCAAAGCCAAUUCAGCUGCAGCAACAAGAAUAUGCAGUAGAGGCGGCGGCAGCAGCAGCGACUAGUGAAGCUGAUGGCAAACAGCAAGUGUAUGGCUUUGUAAAAAAUGAUAUUAGAGAGCGGCCAACAACAACAACAAACAAAAUUAAUGCUGCGGCAUACGAGAAUGGUGUUGCCACACCAGCCAUGCCCACGAGUAGUGGCAGAGCAACAGCAGGCGGUACAGCCAGCAUUUUCGGGGAAGCGCCAGCAGUAAAUGUCGAAAGUAAAUCACGUGCGGAUACACUUCCGCCAGGCAAUGGUGCGGCGAGUAAUGGCGGCCGCGGUGCAGCAAAACUCGAAGAGCACGGAAAUGUAGCAAACACACAAAUCAUUAAAAAUGCAGAGGAGUUGCGUGAGGCGCACACGAACGACGAGCGAGCGGAUGUAUAUGCAGAUGAGCUGGACGGCGAGCGCACCGAGUCCAAAGUGGGGGAAAUUGAAACAGCCGAAAGGGUUUCGAAUGCUGAACGUGGUGUUAGAAAAGUGACAAAGCAGUGGGAACCGGAUGGCAAAAUAGAAGCGACUAGUGACAUGCAGCCAAUUGCGAAAGAAAAUAGCGGAACAGCUGAAGUGAAGAAGCCACAAGAGGACGCCACCGCAAUGUGGUUAAAAGAGGCGGUGAAUACAAGCAAACAGAUGACAGGGGUGGACGACACUAAAACUUUAAGCGCGAAGUAUACUGUUAGCACGGAGCCAAAGAGAGAGCCAGAUGCAGCGGCAGAGGAGAGGAGCAUAAAGCCAACGACGACAAACGAAGAGACAACGGUGGAACCAGUGAAAGAUGACACAGCAGCAACACAAACAGCGAAGGAUGGCAUCAAUAUUGAGCUCCGACUCACGGAUGGACUAUACCGCAUUAAAUUGGCUGAAAUUGUAACAGACGAAUACAAUGGCAGUGGCGCGGAGGAGCAGCAGCAGGUGCAGCAGGCAACAGCUGGCUCUCGAACAACGGACGAUGCAGCUGCAGCGGGUACCAGUAAACCAAGCGAGCUGCCAGAGGUACAAGUGAGCGCACAAGCGCGAUACGGCAAAGCACGAACGGCAGGGGCGGUGACAACAAUACCCAUGCUAGAUAAGCCACAAAAGCAACAAGCAGGCACUGAACAAGUAGGCCAACAUGCACAGCAAACUGCGCUGACAAAACCGGUUAAACAAAAAACACAACAAGCGGCAGGCGAACAAAAACUCGUGCAACAACAGUCACAACAGCCAGAGCAACCAAACCAAUUACGUCGCAAGCAGCCAGCGAACAAAGAUAUAGAAAACCGACAGGUGCAGCAACACAAAACAGACACCGCAAGCGAGUUGGAUAACAUGAAUAGCCAGCACAUGAACAACAACAAACAUGAAAACAACAGCAACGAAGAACAGAAUGACCAUGUCGAAAACACAAAGCGUACAAGCACUGUAAUUGGGUCGCGCGCCACGCCGCCCGCACUCAACAUAGUUGAUCUAUAUCCCAUGAAAAUGGAAGAUUUCAAUCCAAUUAUACGUGACUCCAAUGCGAAGUUGCUAAAAACGCGUACCAUCUAUAAGCCGGUGGAUAGCGACGACGCAGAUCAGCAGCCGCAACCAGCUGAAGGGUUGUACGUACAAGCCGACGACGUCGGGGAAAUAGCACACCAACAGAAUUUAUUGCCAAAUGAAGUGAACGCGGCGGAUAACAUUGUGCUACGUUACGAUAACAUCAAUAAUUUGGCAGCGGCACGGCACAGCGUCAAUCGUAGGCCAAGCGCGGCUACAUCAACAACAACAACAGCCACGGCACAGGGUAAUGGUAAUGGAGUUGUAGCGGCAGCUAUUAGCCCAGCACCCGAACGCCGGCAGCAGCAGGCCGAUAGCAUCAGUGAUUUCACCGGAAAGCUGCUGGCCGAACAGGAUGGUGUCAUUACGGAAAUCGAGCAAAAGUUCCGCUUGAAUGAGUUUGCGGCAACGCCGACCGGGUUGCCCACCGCAUCGCCGACAACAAAAGCAACAGCCAGCAAAGAACGACAACUGGUUGGCGGCAAAGCGAGCUACAGUGUCAACCACAAAGUGCAACCAACCAAAGGCGCCAGCAAUAAAUACACAAAAUACAAGAGCGCUGGUAUGCAACGCAGUGCGACGCAACAGCACGACUUCAUCGAGCGACGCGUCAAGAAAAGUUUCGACUUCCCCAUGCACCGCGCGGCCAGCGUUAGCGAUGCGCUCGGCAUGCCACAUGUCGAUUUCGCCAAUACAAAGUUCAACACGGAUGGUGGGGCAACGCAAAGUCACAGCGACAUGCCUGUUGGCGGCGCGGAGGGUGGUAAUGGCGCAUUGAGAGCGGCGCUUGGCACACAUCCGGAAUUUUCGACAACGAAAUUCUACAACAGCAAAGAACUCUACAAUGAAAUGAUGCUGCACAAUCGGCAACGGCUGAAGGCAAAAGCCAAGGUGGAGCAGGCCGCAGCUGCAGCAGCAACAACAGCAAAAAAUACCGUGGAGAGUGCGGCAAGUCGAUUUGCGUUGCGGCAAAGUGCAAAGUUGGCAACUUCCAAGUACACGCCAAACGCAGAUACAAGCAAAGCAAUUACGGGUGAAGUGCGCAUGAACUCUCAGCAACGGGUUAAUAGCGACAGCGAUGCCAAGCAUGUCACCGAGUUACGCGCAGAUAACAAAGUUGCGGCGAAUGUGGGGAGUAGUGGCGCACAAAGCGUUGUGAAGGCUAAAAGUGUUGCCGCGCAUGCAGAAAGUAAAGUCGUGGAACUAGAGGGGAGUCAACUGGUGGCGCCGGAAAAUGCGCAAAACGCAAAGGCAAGCGCACAAAUGCUGUCAACAGCAACCACAGUAAGCGCUGUAUAUACACAACCAGCUAUUGGCGACAAAUCGACUAAGAAGUACCAAAAAGAAUUGCAACACGCUAAAUUGCUACUCAAGACACUUUUGUUGCCGCCGACAAGCGUUAAUGCCACCAGUGCGCACAAGUUCAAGCCAACUGUAGCCACAGCGACAACAACGCGCGUAAUUGCAGCAGCAAACGGCCAAAAUUACAGCAGUCAAGCCAACUUGCACACACCGCACACCGCUGACGACACGCCUGACACCGUUACAGUUACUGCGAGUCAUUUAGAUGCGCUUGCAACGGCCAAAACUUUCGACAUUAAGUCGCUGCCGCGCAAGAGCCAAGCCGUUACGCCUCCAAUAGCUACGGAUGCAGCUGUUGGCAAUAUUGACAGCGCCACACACAGUGCAGUAACGAGCCAGCCACUGCAACGUGUUAAUUUCGAUGGCGUUAACAUCGUGCAUGUUAAGCGCGCGCAACCGGCGCAUAUUGCAACAACUGCUAUCACGACAACAACCAAAAAUGGUAUGACAACAGCUUCGUUGAUUUCUUCCAAAAAGCCUUUUUCAGACUCAACUACAGCAGCAGCAGCUGACCCUACGACACCAACGUCGCUCAUCUAUCCCUACCCACAAUUGCAGCAUGCCAAGACGACCCAUAUUAGCCAACCGCAUGAUACUACCGCCACAGUGCGCAGCACAAGCAGCACAAUGGUGUUUGCCACUCGCACCAGCGCCGCCCCCACCACCACCACCACCACCACCGCAAAUCUCUCGAAAUCCUCCUCAAAGCCAAUCGUCCGACCACGCAUACUUAGUCGCCUGCAGGAGAAAAUCAACUCACUCGAAUGUGAAAUACAAAACGUGCCGAGCGAUGCGCAUUUGUGGCGCGGCAAUGAGACGCAUGAACUGCUGCUACCCAUUAUGACCUCCGAGAAUUGUCCAUACGGCGGUACAGACUGUUCGCCAUUAUUGGUGUCCUGGGAAGGUGAAGCCGAAAUACAGUCGGGCGAUAUUUUAAUCGUGGAAAUCAAUGACACUUUACUGCAUUUCAACCAGCAUCAUAUCACGCACACCAGCCUUGCCCACAAUACUCAGGUCUAUCAGGUGACACGCUCGGGACAUGAACAUUGCGACGUUACGGAGGGUAUACUAUUGGAUAUAACACCGUUGGUUGUCGAUGGCAGGAAACUGGUGACACUCUAUGAUAAGGACCUCACCGAGGGAGUCAACUUGCUAAUUGUUGUUUCCGAGUUGUGGGGCUCGCAGUGCGUUCGUCUGAAGGUCACUGCAAAAACCGACAAUUGUGGCGAAAGCGCUGAAUGCUCCGGCAAAGGUGUGUGCUACUCGAAUUCAGCGAUGGAGGAGUAUGAGUGUCAGUGCUGCAGCGGUUUUGCUGGGCCCCAUUGUGAGGAGAUCGACGCUUGUACGCCCAGUCCAUGCACCAACAAUGGCAUUUGUGUUGACCUUUCGCAAGGGCAUGAGGGAAAUUCAUAUCAAUGCUUGUGUCCGUAUGGUUACACGGGCAAGAACUGUCAAUACGAGUCGGAUCCAUGCAAUUCCGCGGAAUGUAUGAAUGGCGGCAGCUGUGUGGGCAACUCGACGCAUUUCAGAUGUGACUGCACUCCUGGCUAUACGGGCCCACUGUGCCAACACAGCCUCAACGAAUGCGAAUCAUCGCCAUGUGUACAUGGCAUUUGUGUGGAUCAAGAGGAUGGCUUCCGUUGCUUCUGUCAGCCGGGAUUCGCUGGUGAACUCUGCAAUUUUGAAUAUAAUGAAUGCGAAUCGAAUCCAUGUCAGAACGAUGGCGAAUGCAUCGAUCACAUUGGCAAUUUCGAAUGUCGCUGCACCAAAGGAUAUUCUGGAACGCGCUGCCAAAAUAAGGUGGAUUUUUGCGCUAAAAAACCCUGCCCCGAUGGCCAUCACUGCAUUGACCAUGGAAACGAUUUCAGCUGUGAAUGCCCGGGAGGACGCAAUGGCCUGGAUUGUAAUCAAAUGCCACGAAAGCAAUGCACCGAGAAUCUUUGCAAGCACGGCGGCACAUGCUGGACCAGCGGCGCCUCCUUCUACUGCGCCUGCCGACCGGGCUACACCGGCAAUAUGUGCGAAGACGAAUUUGUUGUGGAGACCGUCGUCAGUUCCAGCGAGUUUAUGGUCGACGAUACGAGCGCCAGAAAUUUUAAUGACAAAACUUUCGGUUCAUCGGUUGUGCUAAAGAGCCCCAUUGAAUUGCAUAAUGCAUACUUUGGUGCGGGUGUGCUGGCGGCAGCCGUUUUUAUUGUGGCCGUUGUGGUGGCCAUUUGUCACUGCAAGGUGAAUCAGACGUAUCGUAAAUUUUCAACGCGCUCCUCCACAUUCUUUCCAAUACUGGGAUUUGGACGACGCAGCAAAUCCCAAAGCAAACUCAACAAACACUGGCUCAGCGGCAAAGGACUGGGCGGUGGCAGCGGUGCGGGCACCAGCGCCAGCGGUUCACUGCGCUCAUCCGGCUCAACGACAUCGCUGACGCGCGGACACCUACCUUCCGCGCAACAUGGCGCCGCCGCACAUCACUCACAACAGCGUCAACAGCAGCAACAGCUGGGUGGCCAAAUGCACGAACGACCGUUCCAACGGCAUUUGGCGAUGAAUUUGGAGAACGAUAUGUAUUAUACAGUUGAUUUUAGCGAGAAUUCACAGCACUCACCGCUGAUACAGUGAGCCAAAGACAAGCGCGUCCCAACAAUGGGUAAAGUAGCGGCCGCCGACACUGUUGCCGCUGCUGCUGCUGUUGUGGGCGGUCUGGUGGUGCGGGCUUUAGUGGGUGUUGUUGGCAAGCAACGGCUGGGCGCAAUUAUUGGGAUCGGCGCGGUUAAGAGGGAAGAGUCAACGGCGAUGGCGAGUGCUGAGGCUCAGCACACGACUGGGGAUAACAGUAGCUGCAACAACAAAUACAAUAACAACACGCCCACUAGUUGGUUAGUUAAAUUUACAAAACGUUCUUAUUAAUGGCCAAACGCUGAUUAUUGAUCAUAAUUAUGUAGACGACGCUGAUAAUAAUUAUAAGUUCAUUAUACAGUUAAUUGAAAAUUAUGCAUGUGUACACGCCUACACACACACAUACAUAUGUCAUUGCGCAAAGAGUGAAGGCUGCUUCCGAGCGAGUUUAGUGGCACUGGCGUUGGUGCGACCUGUGCUUUAGGGGCAGCACUAGCGAAAACACCGUUAGCGCGUUUUUUGCAUAGCAACUAGAAGCUGUCACCACUCGCUCGCUCGAGUUGUGCAAGUUUUUCAAGUGAAAUAUUGCAGGUAUUGAAAAUUUAAUUGAAAUUUUCUUCACUUCUACUGCGCGGCUGGCGAUAAACUGCAGCCCAACGGCAAGUAAAUAUGUAUGUAUGUGUGUAGCGUUGCAAAUGUUGAUGUGUAAAUGGCGUGCUAAGCAGCAUAAGUUACCGUGAAGGACAACUAAAAUCAAACUGAAAAUUUAAUAAGCUUAACUACAAGCUGAGUAAUGAAAUACAUUAACCUGCAAACAUAUAAAAUUACAUUCGAUCAAGUUGCAAUUGAUUUGUAGAUACGUUAUAUGCGCCAGCACGUGUAUGUGUUGUUGCAGCGAUAAUAAUUGAAGAGAUGAAAACGAAAAUUCUAUUAAAUUAACACAAGGAAAAAAAUGCAUUUUAAAAUAAUUACUUAAUUAAUGUUAUCCACCGCUUCAAGUGGACAGCCGAAACGUACUGAGCGACAACUUUGCGGAUGGAUGAAGCCACUUCAGGCUAACGGAUUCAAAUUCUAAUCGGUGCGUUGGUUAAAGUUUAGUUCAAUAAAAGUCAAAACCGCAAAUAAAUACAAAUGAAAAUAAAAUCCAAAUUAGGCAUAGAAAUAGUGAAAUAUAGUGAAGAACAACAGUUAUUAAAAUAAAAGAUAAUAAAAAGUAUUAUUAUAAAAAGUAAAAAAAGCAUAAGAAAUACUCGUAAGAAAGUAUCUAACAUUUUGCUACGACUCGCUCCUUAUAAAACGACUGGUUUAACGAUGCAUGUGUGCAAGGUUUAGCAUAAAAAUAAUUUACGAAAGGCGUGGCUCUGCUUUUGCCAACGUUUAUAAUUAUUAUUGUAAUUAUUAUGGUAAUAACUGUGACAAGAGCAUGUCAAAUAUUUAGCUUAUAACGUAUGAGAAAUUAUGAAUAUGAUAAAUAAUAACUUAAGUGUAAUUAUAUGUAACAAUACGCUUUCAUUAUGUUCAAUAAAUUAAAUGUUGCAUAAUUGAAGCAAUAAUUGAUUUGCUUGAAUAAAAUCAAACA